AUCACAGUCGGGUCAUUCGCAGUUGAUCAGUAAUGAUGCUAUCGGUACUGGUAUAUCUAGUGUCUUUAAUGCUGCUUUGUGAAGCAGCUCCAGCAAAAGAGAAUCCCGAUGGUCAUUUGAAGGUCGUUCGAGAGUUUAACAACUACAAGACGGAUGAGUAUAAUUGGGGGUAUGAACUCAGUGAUGGUCGGGAGGUGCGUGAAAGUGCUUACGUGAAGAAACUGGAGAAUGGCACCGAGGUACUUGUAAUCAAUGGGUAUUUUAGCUACAUCGGUCCUGAUGGUGUUAGGUAUUCCGUUAAUUAUUAUGCCGAUGAGACUGGAUAUCAUCCUAACGUCGUCGUUGGAGAAACACCACCGCAUCCUGUUGUCGGGAUAGAUCCGAAGGUGCUUAUUUCCUUGGUAGGUUAAGUCAUUUGAGUGUAUUUCGCUUGGGACUAAGAUUAGACAACUGCCAACUCGAAGCAGUGAAGUGUUCGCAAGGUUUCGUGAGAAAUAAAUGCAUUGAAUAAUGACGGCUAUU